CAGGUCCGCGAACUUGGCUUGGUUCGACUAUGAAGAGCAUCUCUAUUCCGGCUAUCCUUCAUCUCUCGUGCGACCCACCACAUGCUAGUCGAAAGGUUCGUUUUGGCGUUAAUGAGCUGGGUGACUUUAUAUCAGCAGGGAACUCUGCUCUCCAGCGCCAGCAAAUUCUUCGACACUUGGCAUGCGGUCCAUCAUCUCCAUCUGGUUAGCAGCCCCGCAAGGAGGAGGAGUCUUACAGCUAGCUCCCGCGCUAUUUACUUCGUCUCCCGGCUCAAAACUGCCCCAGCUAUACUCAAAAUUCGCACCCUGGGUGACUUAGGAGGGGAGGAGGAGUCGUCCUACUCUGCAGUCUUACAGCUAGCUCCCGCACUAUUAAUUUUGUCUCCCAGCUCAAAACUGCCCAAGUUAUACCCGAAAUUCUCACUCUGGGUGGCCUAUAGGAGGAGGAGAAGAUGUACAGGUACCUCCCGCUUUAAUUAGUUCGUCUCCCGGCUCAAAACUGAUUGAGCUAUGUCUGAAAACAUCACCCUAGGUGAAUUCAUACUCACUGCAUUGACUUAUGUCAAUGAUACCCUUCAUUGUGCACACGAUUUUGCUUGUAUAUAG